CAGAGUCAUCGAGGUUUAGAUGCGCCUUUCUGAACAAAACAUCGAACGGAUUUAGCACAUUCGACCGACAUCAUUGAGAAAUCAUCACGACCUGGAUACAUUUGAAUUUAAACUAUACUGAACUCAGGAGUGAUUUUCAGUUUUGUAUUAAAAGCAGUCAAAAGGUGGAAUUUACAUCCUUGGAGGAUGCCAUGGAAUAUCUAGGGGUAACACCAAGUAUUAACAAUGAAUACGACAGUUUAGAUUAUUCGAGAGAAGGGACCCACAAUCUGACAUGUAGACCAAACCACCCCACAAGCAACGUAUCAGAAAACGCAUGUUACACAGACGACGUGAAUCCUCCAUACAAAUUAUGGGAAACUAUAAUCAUAACAAUAUGUACUGUUGUGUUAAUUCUCGGAACUGUCAUUGGGAAUACAUUAGUGUGUGUGGCGGUAGGAAAGGUAAAGAAACUAAGGAAACAAUUGCACAACACUCUUCUUGUUUCUCUGGCAGUAUCUGAUUUACUUGUUGCGGUUUGCGUCAUGCCGUUGGCCCUCAUCAAUGAACUUAUGGGGGUCUGGAUAUUCGGGGUAGUUAUAUGUGAUAUUUACACACUACUUGAUGUGCUGUUGUGUACCGCAUCGAUUCUGAACUUAUGUGCUAUAAGUCUUGACCGUUAUUUCUUAGUCGAGCAUCCAUUUUGGUAUGGUCCGAAACGAACCAAGAAGACAAUACGAUGGAUCAUAACGGUCACGUGGGCCUUAUCGAUAUUAAUUUCAAUUCCUCCUAUAUUCGGUUGGAAAAGUGACGCUGAUAGAGCCUUAAUUGAACAUGGCGUUUGUCUUAUUAGUCAGGAUUUAGGAUAUCAAGUAUAUGCAACAGGGGUUGCUUUUUACUUACCGUUAAUUAUAAUGCUUACAGUGUAUAUCAGGAUAUAUAUUAUAGCAGAUAAGAUUUGUAGUAACAAAUCUGUAGUCACUAAAACGGAUAAAACGAACAUGAAACGUAUCAAAACUCUCGGAGUCAUUAUGGGAACGUUUAUCGUCUGCUGGCUUCCAUUUUUUAUUUGCGCGGUCAUCCGGGCAUUUUGUGAAUGCCCACAGACGUGUAUUCCACGGUGGGUGAACGGGUUUGUUCAGUGGUUGGGAUAUUUGAAUAGCCUCUUCAAUCCAGUUAUCUACGUCAUAUGUAACAGGGAAUUUAGGAAGCCAUUCAAGGAACUACUUUCUUGCAGAUGCAGGGGUAUCAACGCUAAAAUGCGGAGCGAAACUUACUACGAUCAAUACUGCAAUAAGAACAGUCAGACUGGACUAAUUGAUGGUAAAAUGACAAAUGAAAAUACAAGUGAAUCAAUUAUUUAGAAAUAAAUUCAUGUUUUAUUUUACAAAAAUAUAUGCUCUUAUUCAAUCCAAGUGCAAAAUGUCAAUAAAUAUAAGUAAGAGACCAAUCAAUUCAUUGUAAUUGACAUGCAUCUCAUUAGUAUUGACUGAAAUGAUAACAACUUUAAGGAGAGCACUCCAACACACAGGUGGAGGCCAUAAUUUAAUGACCCAAAUGCUUCAAUUGUUGCUUUUAGUAUAGACAGUUUAACAACAGUUGACAUAUGCAGUUUAAUACUUGAAACGAAAAGACGUGUCACUUUGCAGGUACAAUUCUACAAUUUAAAGUCAGCAUAACCCAGCACCUCAUUACCCUGCGCGCAGAGUCUAGUUAUAAACCGAAGACAAAGCUCUCUUUUAAGAAGGCGUGAAGUCGAACGAAUGCAAAGGAUAGCACCUCAUUCCUCUUCUAACAUAAAGAGCUAGAGAAGAGGGGUACAGAGGCUUGAUUGAACUUGAUGAUAAUACUUUUGUUAUUUUCACUUUUCGAACAGUGGCCAGACUUCGUUCUCAUCAUCUAGUCUAUUCCAAGUACACGUGCUCCCAAUUUAUGAUAUGCAUCUUUGGAACCGUACAUAUUCUACCUGGACAACUUCAAAACUGUGGUCUCACGCCUGGGUUAAUUAUCUAAUGAGUUGUUCGGUUUCUUUAACCCUAUAAAUUGAUCAUGAUCUGAUGUAAAAAGUGGUUUGUCUC